AUGGAUGUUCUCAAAGCAAAUAUGACUUCAUUUGUGCAGCCAUGCGAUGAAGGCAUCAUCCGCUGCUUCAAGGCUGGAUAUAGGAAGACUUAUUGUGCAAAAGCACUUAACCUUGAUGAAGCCGGCAAGAGGGACAUUUAUUCAAUCAAUUUACUUAAAGGUGUUUUGAUGGCAAAGGCUGCUUGGGAAGCAGUUACAUCAACUACUAUCCAUCACUGCUGGGAUCACAGUCAAAUUCAACUAGAUCCCUUCAUCCCAACAACUAUCCCAUACAAUGAUGUACAAGCACAUGCAAAUCCUAUUGCAUGGGGUGUUAUGCGAGAGUUUGCAGUCAGUGACUCUAUGACAUUACCAAUUGCUAAAGCUUGCAUCAAACAGGCCUUGUUUGGGCAAUAUUUGGAUGGAGACCAGAGGCCGGCAUUGAACACCAUUAUGGAUGCUGAAGGUGACGCAGAAGCUGCAAUUGCUGCAGUCAAAAGUCUUGCAAAUCUCAGUAAUAUUGAAGACCAGCUGAAAAAUGCAAUUGGGGAACUCAAAUCUCAAAACUGCAUCUUUGGCAAGCCUCUAACAGUUGAUGAAGUUGUUGAUCCAGCUGCAGAGAGGUUGAUUGAUAAAGAGUUUGCACUUGAUGAUAGAGAGAUUGUUGCUGAGGUCUGA